UUUAAUUCAGAAAAACAAGAGAAGGUCUGUCACCUAAUACUUACUAGGCCUUAUUUGUUUUAGAACUCCAGAUCGAUGGAUGACAAAAAUUUUGAGACAGAAGGGUCAGUGCGAUCUGUGACUGUGAGACGGUGCAACAGAUGCAGGAAUCAUGGUUAUCUGGUGGAGCUUAAGGGUCACAAACAUUUCUGUCAGUAUCGAGAUUGCACAUGUCAGGCAUGUGUUUUACUAGAAAAACGGAAAGAAGUUUGUCGUCAGGCCAUAGCUCUCAGAAGAAAGCAAGAUAUGGUAAAAAAUGCAAAUGGUCCAUCACCGCCAGUUUUGCAGUUACAUAGUAGCAGACAACAUCCCUAUUUAAGACCCCUGAAUCCACGUGACAGACAGCCCUUAAAAGAACCCCACCAUAUCAGUGUUACCCUCCCUAACCUCACACCUUGUCCAAACUACGUCAAAACCAUGCAAAUAAAGACGACAUAUAACUCGCAGAUGAGAAACUAUAUGAAUAUCACAAAGAAUGUGGUUUCUCAGGCAAUGGGCAUGACCACAGGAGCGCACGGUGCACCAGCAACUGAAACGAAGACAUUGAAAGCACAGACUCGUAUGUCAAUAUGUACACCAAGCCAGCCAGCGACACCAGGACUCAACCGACCUCCCAGUACACAGCCCAUUCCUUGUCUUUGUGAGCCCACAUAUACCACACUGAGGCCAGUAUCGCAUGUUGGACUAUAUCCCAGUGGAUCCACAUCUUUCAAUCCUAGCUUUUCCAGGGCUACUUGGAUGGAGAGCCCGUUU